GCUCUUAUAGUACAACUAAGUAGUCCCUAUUAGGAUCAGGGGUUGCACCGUUUCCAGGCAUGGGAGAAGUAAACGCGGAAGAUGUUCUGUCCCAUUUGAAAGCUGUUUUCGAAGCUUGUGACCAAAAUGGCGACGGUUUUGUGAAGACGCAGGAUCUUCUAAGCCUCGGCCAAGAACACGCUAGUGUUGGAUUUGAGGUAAAUUCAAACUGUCCUUACCACUGCUUACUUUGAUUUUGAUCAUCAUUCAUGGGCCUGUACCAUGAAGCAGCAGUAGAUAAUAUUUAAACUGUAUUUGAGAUACGUGAGGACGGAGUUUUUUUUUGUAUUCCCAAUCAUAAACAGAGAGUGAGUACAUGAAUCUGCGUACAUAGAGACGUAAUUUUCGCGACUAGUCAGCGUUUGGGGUUUGUUUCUUAGUGAUAGAAGACAAUUUGCUUCGACCGAAAUAUUUCAAAUGCAAAAAUUGUUCUACGAUAAAUUUAGUGGCUUUUGAAGAGGCUCGAUCGCUCCUUUUGUAGUAUCGAAAAGUGUUGUUUUAUUUGCACUCUCGCCUGUCAUCUCUUUCGCCACACCAGGUUAGUUUACUAUUACCUUGGUGAACCGGUCAUUAACAGGAAGACAAUUCUAAAAUUUUCUGCGGAAACAGCGAUCAAUCGGUUGAUAUCCUUGAAAUUAUUUUCUUCGUCGUUCCCGAUCUCCAAUAUCAAAAUUGAGAGUACUGUGAACACUUUUUCCAAAUUCGUUCGCAACCGAAUGCCUCACUUCCUUAGCGGUGAGUGUUGAUUGUUGUUAAUGUAAAACUCAUUGAUAUUCUACCAUUCUCCUCUACCACUAGGAGAUAAAAAUUCUGAUCGAAAAGCUCGAUCCUGAAGGGUUUGGGCAGAUAAGCUUUGACGGGUUUUGUAAAGGAAUACACGAUUUUUUAGGUAAGUGAUUUUUUAACAUCAUUGCCAACUGGUUGGUGAAAUAUCAGUUUCUAAUCAUAUUGCGUUAUGUGCAAUUGUGAAGGCUUCCAAUAUGAUAUUAGCUCAGGUGAAUAAUAUUCGCUGACGUGAAAGUCCGAGAUCGAUUCGAGAACCGACAAUAGAUGUCUUUCUAGAUGGUGUCUGUAUGAUAUUGAAAUGUUUUCAUCUCCCUAGGGGCCAAUGGUGAUGUCAAUAAUGUAAAUGAAAAAAAUUCGCACAAGUUAGUGGAAGAUGAUUCUUUCCCAAGACUGACAAUAUCUGUGGUGGAAAACGACCAACAGGAAGAUAGCUGCUGCGAGGUACUUUGAAAUUCAUUAAUUUGUUUUUCAAAACGUGCCAAAUGGUUGCUCAUUUAGUCCACUGAGUGAUGCGAGAAAAUUAACCACGAUUUCUUAUGACAACGAGCACUUUAAGAUUUUGGGAAUUGGCUAAGAGACACAAGUUUGUAUACACAAAUGUCAAGACACAAUAUUUCAUUUCGUGGGAAAAAUUUUUCGUGAAGUUUCUCAGGCUUUUUUAUCUUUCAUUUUCUAUUAAAGUUAUUUCUUUUCUUUUCAGUUUUGCCAUGUUAAUUGAACUAUAAAAAUUAAUAUUUAUGUGGAUUAGUCAGUGAUGUAAAUAGGUUUCUGACUGUGCAUAUCCUUGCAAUGUUUAUCUAUGCAUCAUUGAAGCUCAACAAGUUUAGACCAGUUAAUGUGAUACACACGUCAUUGGAUUUGCACUUUUUAUCGAAUUUUGCGUCAUAUUUUGGGAGAUGCCUAAAAUAUAUUGUGAUCUGGUGUCACUUCAAAUUUGCCGGAAGCUACAGCUUUAGUUUCUGCCAUUUUCAAAGUAGGCUUACAUUGCUGAAAAGCAUUCAGUUUUGGUUGGUUUACUCAAUUAUUAUUUUUAUUGUGGGUUACUUGAAGCUGAAAACAAAACUAAUUAAAAUGGAAAAACUGGUGAAGUUCAGAAACUGUGUUCUCUUUGUUACACAAUCCUGUAUUUCAGAGGUUUGCAUAAAAGCUAGUUACCACUGGUCUGCUACUGCCUAUAAGACCUCUUACUGCUCAGCCUGUGAGCAGCCUCUCAUGUUUGGAUUUGCCUUACAGCCCUUUGGCAGUUGCUUAUGGAAAAAGUUAUUAAAAACCCUGGUGUAAUUUUGUGGAAUAUUUAAAAGCCAUAUGGAGUGCGUGGCUAUGUUCAAACACUUUCAAUAAAAUUUGAGCAAAUGGUGGUAAGGGGCCAUAAGAUCCACAGUGUGCUCUUACUGGUAAUUGUCUUCUUCUGAAAUUUGGACUAAGGAUAAUUUAUGUUGAUGAUUAUCAUGAUGAUAAUGACAAUGACCACAAUACAGUGAAACCAUCAUUCUGCCCAUAAGUAUAAAUGGGUGGUGGCAAACUGUCACAGAAGCCUAACAAAAUGCAGGAGGAGGGAGUGGGGUAACUUGCAAUGGACUAGCAUGCCAUCUUAGGGGAAUGGGAAUAAUUUCAGUUGUCUCUUGCUCUGUAGACGUGGAUAAGUCCUGGCACUUUGAGUGCCUCUUGCCUUGAUUGCCACUUCUUGAAUGUUACUUGUACCUUUUGUAAAGAUCUGUGGUACUGAUGCAAUGUUCUCUUUUCAGAGAGACAGUACUUACAGUACAGCAUCCACAAAUGAGUAUAAUGGUGACGACGAUGACAAUUUCCAAGAUGAGCCACAACCUUCAAAGUUCAGUCGUAAUCAAAAACAAUACUCUACGUUCCCACCCCCCACAGGACCUCGGUUAAAACACCGUGCAACCUUACCAGCCAUGAAUGUUGAUAUGUAUAGUGAUAGACAUUCACACUCGGAUACCAGUGAGUAUCAGUCUGAAGAAGGAUUUGAAGGAUUUGGAGAAAGCUUCAGUGAGGAUACAGCAUUUGAAGAUACUCCAACUUUACAAAGGGACCAUCCAUAUUCUGAACGCAUCCUAAGAAAGUAAGUUUUAAGUGUUUCCAUCCAACCACUACAAUGUUACAUGUAACAAUGAUUCUCCCCUUUUGAUGUCUAGUUUUUUCCUUUUGAAGUAAAUCAGAUUUUGGUGUUUUUUAGACCUCUACCAUAAUGGUGGGCACAAUUGUUUUUCUUUUAUGUGCAGGAAAAUAUGCCUUUUUGGUGUCGCUUUUGAGUCAUUAUAGUAUGUUUUUUAAACAGUUUGUUGUGGCUAAAAAUGGAAAGAAUACUGAUUAGAGAGAGAAUUGUAGAAUAAAUUUUUGCAGUAUUUAGAAGGAUAUUGUAUAUCAUGAUUAUAUCUGCUUCAAUUUAGGGGAACUCCAAUCUUAAAACCAUAUGAAGUCACUCUUUUACAAAGCUUUUGUUGUAUAUUUGUUAGUUAUAAUCUUUAUCAUUUAUUUCCUUUUGCAAUAGAAGAUCAUCAGCUGCAGCAGCUGCAUUUUCAAGGUAAACAGGAUGCACUUAUUAAUAAAUUUUAUGAAUGUAAUUUUAUAGCACAUCAAACAAGAGUAAUUGUUUGGUAAAGAACAUUUUAUGGUCAUCAUUUAGAAUUGCUAUUCUAAAGAGGUGAAAAAUGUUAUGUGUGAUUUAUGAUGACACCCUUGAUAAAAUAAUUGAGAGAGAUAGUGAGGUAUUUUGUCAUUAAAAAACAAUUCCCUCCCCCUUCCCCCCUUCCAUCAGCACCACACACACACACUCCUAUUUGGAAUUAUAUAUCAUAGAACUGUUUUUCAUUCAAUCAGUAGUUAGAAAACAAACUACAGAGUGAGGUAUUUUGUGCUUAUGUUCAGUGUAAGCAUUUCUUGGCUUCUCUCUCUCUCUCUCUCUCUCUCUCUCUCUCUCUGUCUGUGUUAUGUACAGUAACAGUAAUGCCAUUGAUAAUUCUGUAUUAUUGGAAUUACUGUAGCUGCCGUUGGCAGUCACUAACACAUUGUUCUCAACUGACGACAGUAAGAUGCCACCUGUAUAGAUCUUUAUUCCUGCAUGAUCUAAUUUAUUCUCAUUGAGACAACACUUUGUAUUAGCAAAACAAAUCACCUCAUUCAAAAUAUUAAGUUUCACUUUAGAAGCAGUAAAAAAAAGAAUACAUGACAAUAUUCCACUGUUCCUGUUUUCUGACUCACAACAUUUAACUUCAAAAUUGAUUAUAAUUAUACUGAUGAUAAACUGUUCUCUUGAUUGCCUAAUGCACUACUAGUUUUUACCAGAAAGUUUGACAUUUAUACUUACUCAGAACUCUCUCUCUCUCCCUAUUUUGUUACAUUUUUCUGUAGCCAUCAUAUGCAUCUUUAUAAAUGUCACUCGGAAAAUCCCAGUAGACAUAACAGUUUUGAUGACCUGAUGGUUGAUCGAGCACUGUCAGAUAGUGAGGCUGGGACUUCAAUGUUUCUUCUAACAGAGGUUUGUGGUCUCAUGAUUUAAAACUCUUUGUGGUGAAAAUAGAAAUACAUUUCUGGUACCCAUAACUAUACAGAGAGUUUGCAUAUGUAAUUUUUUUUUUUACAGCAACAUGCAUGUACUAAUUGUGAUUUGUCAUUCUAGGGUUUGAAAUCCCUAUUGAUCAUUUUACCUUACUUGCAAUAUGUAUGGUGAUUAAUGUAGUAACUGUUACUGUUAUUUAGUGUUCCAAGCCAUGACCUUUUGUGUUGCCAUGGCAAAUAGUAAAAACGAUUUUGGCAUCUCAAUUUUCAGAUUGGCAGUCUAUGUUCAGUGGUUUUUCCAUAAGCUAAUGUGAGAUAAACUAUUGCAUGAAAAAUUAUUUAUGUCUUGUAUUUCCCUUUUUCUUCCUGGUUGUAUAGUGAGGUAAAUGGUCUUGAGUGUUUGGUUUGGUUGAGCUUAGAAGCACCAUUAUUGAUAUUUAUGUCUAUUACUUUUACAGCUAAAAAGACUGUCUUCACAAGUGUCAUUAUUACAAGAAGACCAUGCAAUGCAAACAGAUAAACAGAAUAAAUUUAGAGAAGAAAACAAAUUAUUAUGUACAAGGUAAGAAGAGUACAUGAUUCUUUGAUGAACUAUUUCACUUAGACAGUUGCCCACCUUUGUUUGCUUGCUAAAGCUAAAAGUUAAUCUUUACUUGCAGUGUAUUAAACAAUUAUUCCACAAGCACGCUUUGGAUAUGAGAUGAAAAAAAGCCAAUGAGACCAGUUGGGCCAAAUUGGCUAUAAUCAUUUCAUAUCCAGCAAGUGUGAGUGAAAUAAUUGUUUUACUAAAAAAGCCCCAAAAUAUAGAUAAAUCUUCACAACCUUAUUUUAUAAGAACAAGUGGAAUGUUACAAUGUAUAAAAACACUUCUGGUUUAACUUGUCUUCAUGCGCGUGCAUAGUGUAAUUAACAAAUAGAUUCCAAGUUGCCAUGCAUCUGUUCAGUAAUAGAUCACAGAUGAUGUCAAAAUGUGGUAAGAACAAAAAAGUGGCACACGAGGCACAGCCGAGUGUGUCACUGAUGAAUAUCUGUGAUCUAUCUGAAUAUCUGUGAAUAUCUGUGAUCUAUAUUACUGCAAUCUAUAUUACUAUUAUUACUGAAUAUUUGUGAUCUAUCUGAAUAUCUGUGAUCUAUUACUGAACAGAUGCAUGGUAACUUGGAAUCUAUUUGUCUUAUAUAAUAAAGAAUUAAAAAAAGUUUUAAUGAUGACAUCAUCUAUACGUCUGUCCACCAAUAGAUCAUAAGUGAGAACCAAUCAGAAUGUGUGUAUAACUGAGCUUAUUAUAUAAUGGUUCAUAACCCAUAAUGGCCAAGCCAAUGGAAACUCUUGAAUUGCAUUAUCCAAUGAUCCAGUUUUUGAUAAAAGGAUCAAUGCUCUGGCAGAUGUGACUAUGUAUACAUUUAUUAUCUUUUCCUUUGUGUGAAUUCAUUUGACAAUCAAAGCAUCUUAGGUUGGUGAUCAUUUCUUUUAUUCUCGUUAUCUUAACAAGUGAUUUAGCAGUAUAACUGUAAGAAGAAAUUAGAUGCUGGUCACUCUUAGGGUUUAAAGGAUGGAGCCAAAAGAGAAAACAUGUGUCAGAUUAGUUGUGAUCACAUUAAACCAGCUAGUCUCCGGCAGUUCAAUGUAGCUCUGUCCUUUGGUUCCUUGCAGUGAAAAUGUGUCCAAUAUUAUACUCAAGGCUAAAUGCAUUUGUUAAAGUCUGAUUUUUCUUCUUUUAAAAAAGAUACUUCCAAAAAGGUGUGAAUUAUAUCCUUUGUUGUAAUUGUUGUAUGUUGAUACCACCAGUGUUUCACAGAGUUUCUGUAAUUUUAACCAACCAUUUAUGGUGAUGCUAGGAAAAUAUUUGGUAGGAACAUAUAUUAGCUCUCUUGAUUAUUAGUAAAAUUUUGAAGUCCAGAAUCAUAGAGGCAAAAUGGAAGUCAAUGAUAGGGAUUAAUUUCAUCAGAGAAAUCAAAUUUUGCUCUUUCACUUGCUGUAUUCUUAAAUUACACCUUUGUACAUGUUGUAAUACUGAUUUGAUGUUUAGAUGAUGAUUUGAUCUGUGAAAUGCAUAAAGUCAUAACAAGAGCAUAUAAAGCUUUUAUAUAUUUAAUCAGCUUUGCAGAAAGGCCAUCAAGAUCACUUCAGAUGCUUUCAAUCAUUUUACAGUAAUUGAAGUAUGUUCAACUGAUAGUACAAUAUCACAAUAAUGUUUUGUUUUAACACUAAAACUUGCUUAUGUGACUUUGUCUUCAGUGAGAAGCCUCAUUUGUUAAGCUAAGGGCUAGAAAAAAUUUGGGAGAGCUUUAUGUUUCAUUGUCACUAGAAUAAUUUUUUUAACUAUCUGUUUUUAUUUAAGCUAGUAACCAAUUUCUUGACAACAUAGGAUGAUUUUACAUACUGUCAAACAGAAAGGUGUUGAGUUCAGUUACUGAGUCCAGUAACUGGCAGCAAUUUGGAAACAGAUGGCUUCAACAUAAAAUUCCCCUUCCAUCACAAAUGUUAAAGCCAGCACAAGAAGCACAAGCGUCAGGCAAAUGCAAAAGAUCAGUAUGAAAAAAAAAAGGAUCUGUGCCUGUGUAAUACUGAUAUGCACAAGAUCUUUUUUUAUUAAGACUUUUAAGAACUAAAUGGGUUUGUGAUUAACAUAUGAAUCAAUCAGUAAAGUUUUUUUCAACAAAUGCUAGUGUGUUGUGACUGCCACCAAAAUUUGGAAAAUGCGAAAUUUUUGCAAAUUUUGACUAGCAAAAAAUUGGUUAAUAUUUUUAUUUGCUCUAGUGUGACCCAGCCCAUGGCAUUCUUUUAAAGAAAAGGUUCGUUUCACCCUUUACAUCCUAACAUCAGCAUGCAUAUUCUCUUUACUGUUCUCUAUACAUUUCCCAAGGUGCUGACAAGGAGAAUUUGUUUAACAAUCAAGAGCUUCUUUUAGUUGGCAAUGGUUUCCUUUAUUCUCAUUACUUUCAUGUGUGAUUUGAGGGUGAUAUUGUGUGAGGUGAAAUAAGAGGUUGGUCACUUUCAUGAGUCAAAGGGUUAAAGAAUGAGAGAGUCUGCAAGUGAAUCAGGGGGUAAAACAAACAAAAUGUUGGAGGGUGGCCCUCAGAAGACUAGUGUCUUAUUCAGGACAAUCAGCAAUGCAGUAAGUUUAGUUUCUUUUCUCUAAUUGUUAGUUCAGUGUUAUGAACUUCAGCUUUAGGCUGAAGAAGACUUUUCUUUUCUUACUUAGAGAGGUUAAUGUUUUGCAGAACUGUAUUUUUAAAUCGUUAUUAACAAUCAUUUUAUUAUGAUUAUUUCUUACCAUUUGAUAUAUUUUUACAACAACUCGGCUUGUGAUGCUCAGUUGUGUAACACACAUUUCCAAAUUUUCAAAACUGAUAUUUAUAGAAUCAUUCACAACAGAGUCCAAGACGAUUUUGUUUAUGAUGAUGAACUAAAGGGCAAAAAAAAAGUUUAAUUUCAAAAUUACCUUAAGUGCAAACAACCUGUAAAAAUUAAUCAUCUUGAAGCCUUGAAUAAAUUUGUGUAUAUUUUGGCAGAUAGCUGAUAUGUUCUUUAGUUUACACAAUGUUUUUACAUUUAAAAAGAUCCCAGCUGCUUGGUAUCUGUUGAUUGAUAGAGAGUUUGUUUUCUGUUGUUUUGUUCUUUUUUUAUGGCUGAGGUAUGUUGUUUUAUUUUAGCAGACAUCCCUCUGUGCCCAUGAACAAUAUCAUAAAGCUGUGGUUUAUUCAAAUGAGCCACAACCUGCUUCAACCUAUUUAAAGCCUUUUGGCUUUUUUCAUGAAUAAUUAACUUGCUUUUGAAGUGACAUCUGCCCCAUAUUUGCAUAAAACAUAGUCAGAUUGAAAUUCAUUUCCUUAUCAUAAAUGAUGCACCUGAAACCAAUAGUGAGAGAAAAAUGUUUAUGAAGGAAAUGUUUUGGUGUUGAUUCAUCAUUCUAUUCUUAGGAGGUGAGCAAGUUUUUCUUUGCAAUAUCAGCUAAAUGCUUCAGCAAGCCAAACCAUAUUGUAUUAUUUUGAAUAAGUUGAGGUUGUUCAAUGUAAAGAGGGCUUUAAGAAUCUACUGCUUCUGGUAACAUAUUGUUCUUGCUUAGAGAAUGAUUGUAAGCCAUUUCCAUAGAUGGAUAGCUUUUUUAACAUUCCCCUCUUGUCCUACAAAGGCAAGUUUGUAAAACGUAUUUACCAUGUAGCACACUACAAGCUUGUAAAUCCCUUUUAUGAUUCACGUCUGUAUACUGUCAACUGAAUUCAGGUUUUUUUGGUUAAGAUUUUUCGCUAGAUUACAUUUUACUUUGUAAUUUAUUAUAUCUAUGUUUAUUUCCUUGUGAGGAAUAAUUUUUCUUUUCAUAGAAAUGAGUGAUCGAAAUAUAACUGUUAAAGAAUAGAAUAGAUUAUGUGUGUUUUGGUUGAUUUCCCUUCCACUCUGGCUGAAAACUUGAUAUUACAGCCAUUAAGAUUGAAAUUAUGAAAUCUUGACUUGUUUGAUGCUGUGAAUUAGCAAUUUUGUGUCACAACAUGUAAGUUAAAAGGGAGGAAAGAUCAUGGUAAAGUGUGUAGUUUUGUUGGAAAGGUGACUUUUUCAUUGAAUAACAGAUGUUUACCACACAGUAGUAUUACCAUAUUGGGCAAUAACAUUUUAGUUUUGAAAGUGUCAGUUGAUAUUUGCUUGUGAAGGGAAAGUUUUAUGGUAGCUAAAAAUGAAUAUUUCCAUCAGUCAAAUUUCUUUGCCAUGAAUGUAUCAAAGUCAAUCUCAUAUUCUUAGGGUUUAUGUUCAGCUAGAACAAUAAACUUGUGUUUGCCUUGUAAUGGUUAUUUUAAAAAGAUUCAGGACACAAAUUACAAAUGGCAUAGUUUUUCAGAUUUUAAUUCCUCUUUAUGGAUGAAUCUCUACAAAUUUUCUUAGUGGCAAUAGCAUCUGGCUGAAUGAAACAUUGUACCAUGUCGAUUUUAAGGCUAUUAUUUUGAUGCUGGCAUCAUGCAGUUCGAUAAUUAUUUCAAUCAGUUCUCUAUUUUUCAUCUUCCAUUUUCAAAAUGGAGGAUUUCUGUUUUAAUUAAAUACUUUUUCUCUUUAGAAUUUGACUGCUCUUUCAUACAAUCAUACAUUAACUGUGACCAACAUUGGUCAGGUUUUAUCUCAGUUUUUUGAUUGUCUUAACAUUUUGACUCACAAUCGAAAACACAACAACCAAAAACAAUGAAUAAAAUGAAAAGGAGUAAAUUGGAACAUCUUUUUAGACACCAAGAAAUUUCUUUUUCUAUUUUUUUUUAAGUCCUAUUAUGGUAUCUUAAGACCCUGAAGGGUCAAAGCACAGAUUUAGGAUAUUAAUAAUAAAAUUAUUUUCUUGAUUUCCUUUUAUUUUAUUAUAGAAUAAAUGCAUUAGAAGAACAACUUGAGACUCAAAAAGUUUCAACAGGGAAGCAAGUAGAAGAAGAAAGUUUGAGAUAUAAAACAGCUUUGGUAAGUUUUGACUGAGGUUUGUUUGACCAAAGUGUUUUAAUUUUGGUUUUUGUUUUAGCUUCUUGUGGAUUACCUUGAGUUCAUCUAAGGAAAGUUUUGAAUCUGCCAAUUAAAUAGUCAUAGGUAACCACAUUCGAUGUUUAUUUCCAGUAGAUAUUUGUGUCCAUGGUUUUCAUUGAGUGUUUGAGAUUGGAGGACUUGGACCAUUACAUGCAAUUUUCUGUCCAAAUUUUAAUGGGAAGGUCUCUAAUGGUUGCAAAUCACUGAUUAUUUGUCUCUGUUACCUCAAUCUUGGCAGAAUUUUUUUCAAUAAGUAUGAUAUUUUUGUAAUGACAGAAUGUCUUUUGUUCUCCUUCUCAGAACAAAUUAGAGAGAGAAAAUGAACAAACGUUAGAAACACUUAACAGAAAGUAAGUGGUGAAAGAUGUGUCUUUUUUUUUUUUUUUUGCACUGUUCUCUUUAGUGCAGAAUGAGUUAAGCUCUUAAAUGUAUGAAAAAGUUGCUGUGGUUGUAGAUUAUUUAGAUAUUUUAAAGUAUGAGUCUUCUGAAUUUAUUUCUGUAAUAUCAUGACAGCUGAAUCUUAAUAUUUGAAAGUAAAAAGACAACACGAAGUUUGUGGGGAUAAACUUCACAAAGGUUAUCUUGUGUAAGGUUAUCCUUGGGACAUCAUAUAUUAUAUACUUGUAUUAAAUAUAGAACUAAUAUGAUUAUUAAUUAUUUCGUUUAUCUGUCAUAAUAAUUCUACUUGCUGUGAGUAGAAUUUUAUGACAAAUAACUGAAAUGAAUCUGAUCAAAUUCCUGAAAACCACUAAACUUUGCAGCAUUUUCAACAUGUGGCUUUGUAGCUAAGUUGAUAAUGUUGAUCAACAAGUAUCUUAGAUAUUUUGGGUUUAUCAGCUGAGUUGUUAAUGUAAAGGAGAGUCUAAAACUGACAUUUCAAAGGGUAGUCUUUGGUCGGUUACUCAGGUGAUAAAAACCAAGUUAUCUUGUAAUAUCCCUCACUGACACAGCACUACAGUUUCUUUUAAAACUUACCACCUUUAUUCAAGUUUCUUAGACCUGAGGCACAAGUUGGAACCCUUUCAAAACAGAAAUUUUUGGACAACUUUUCACUUGCAGUUUCUUCAAUUGCAAUUUAGUUGUAAGACUUUUAUGAUUUAAAUUGGCUUUCUUUAACUUUACAUGCUUUAUGUAACAUUUUCUUAAAUUUUUUUGGUAGGUUACUUCAAGCCGAAGAGGAAAUAGAACUUCUUAAAAAAGUGGAGCCUAUGUUAAGAAGAGAACUUGAUUUAUGUCAUGAGGUUAGUGCACGUAUCAUAAAAAAAGUAAUUCUACUGGUAAUUAUAACAAUCACAUUGCAGAACAUUAUCAACUUCCAAACUGUACUAUUGAUUGGGACUCUGUGCAAUGCCUAACCUACAGUACUAACUAUUGUCAAUGUCUGACUCUGGAAAGCUGGUUCUCUUACAGAGAACAGACUCACCUCCACAGGUGUCAACAACCAGUGGCACCAUACAAACAACUUUUUCACGACAUUAAUGUGGCAAACCAACUCAACAGAAGGAUCUAACAUUAUCGACAGAUCAAAACCAACCAAUCAAAACCCAACUUACACCACUUAAGCCUUAUAGCUAAUAACAUCAUGGUUUAAUUGACUUAUCAGUUUGCACCAACAGCUUCCCACUUGACUCUGAUGAUGGCACUCAGAUUGUUGAAACAUCAGUCACCUCCACUGACAACAGCCCUUCUCUAGACUACCCUCAUCACAACAACAGAUCACAUGAUCAAAUGCAUCCUGUUGCAGUUUUCUUCCAUACCGUUCAUUAAAAAAACUCUCAGCUACUCCUUUUACUUGUUUCUGAAGCCCUACACUAGCUGUAAAUGUUGCUUGUUAGUCAUGCUAAUAAUAGAAUGUGUUUAUAACAGGAUAAAAGAAGGCUUCUAAAACAAAUAGAUAGCCUUGAACUUCAACUUCAAAUAAAAACAGAUGAAGUCACUGAGCUGAAAGGGAAGCUAGAUGCUGAAAGUAAGGGACGACUAGAAGAUCACCAUGAACAUGACCAGGUCAGUGAAAGUGUGCAACUAUGUUUUGUGUAGUUGCUUGGAAAUUAAUACUAAGACUGUUCAGUGGCUGCUCAAGUCAAUUGAAUGGAUUAAAUUUACUGUUAACAAAAAGGUUAGAAAUAGUCACUGAGCGGGAAUUUGUAUGGAAGAGAAACUUGUAAUAUUGCAUUUUGACUUGAGGGUCACAUAUGUCAGAGAAGACAAAAAAGAGCAUGAACAUGUCUGAAGUUGGUCACAUAUAUCUUUAACUUUUGAUGUCUGCCUGUAGUCAAGCAGAGUUGAAAUAUUUAUAUUUUCAGAGGAUUUUUUGCAUGUUUCAUGUAAAACUAAUUAAAGGAUUUCAUUGUUAAUUAUGUGUUCAUUUUUUUAGGAGCUUGCACUAGUCUCUGAGCAACUUUCAGUACUGGAAAAGUAUAAGCAGGACGUAGAUCACAAAUUGAAAGACUUUCAAAAUAUGGAACAGCAGAAGACAGACUUAGAAAGACAUAUUCAGUCACUGAUAAAGGUACAAUGAAGUAUUUGUAGAUAGACUGUCUUCAGCCAUGGGUGAAUACUAACUCAUUCAAGGCAACUUGCAUGUUACUAUGAUUUAAAGUGUGCAUUACAUCAAUAAAGCUGUCACUAAAAAAGAGUCCAUUUUUUAUUUCAGGAGAAUUUGAGCUUGAAAAAUUCAAAAGAAGAGCUCAAUGUACAAUUACAACAGGAUGGAUUCUUUGGUGCUGAACAGGUGGGUGUACAUGAAUAUGUCAUUUUUCUCAUUGUUUCCAUAUGAUUCCUCUAGACCAGCAUUAGAAUUUUCUGAUUGGAUUCAGAUCAAACACUAAACUCCCAAGCUUGGCCAACAAGGAAAUAUGUAGUCAUCAGUAAGGAGAACUUGUUCUUUGACAUUGGGAGUAAAAUUAAAAAAUGGCACUAUUUGAAUAGAAGUUCAUUUUGAGGUCAACCCAUCUUUACCUUUUUGAACCCUUUAACUCCCAAGAUCUGAUUGUCAAUUCUCCCCUCUAGCUGCUACACAUAUCCAUGUAAGUAAGUUACGAGAAUUUGGUGUUAGAUUGAGAUAACAACUUCUACCUGAUAAGUUUGAGUAUUCUCAUGACCUGUUUGCUGGAUAAUGUUUAGAUAUUACAUGGAGAAGUUAAAUGUUAAUCACUUCUGGGAGGGUUGAACAUGAAAUAAUAGCUUUUCAUAAUUACUCCUUCUGACCCCUUCCAAUAACUAUAAAAGUUUGUAACUGUAUUUGAUGUUUAUUUAUUUUCUUCUCUUUUAUUCAUUUUCACCCUACUGUCAGAAUGCAUAUUCCCCAUACCGUUCUCUGUGCAAUUUCUAAGGUGCUGACAAGGAGAAUUUGUUUAACAAUCAAAGCUUAUUUAGUUGGUGAUCAUUUCCUUUAUUCUCAUGACCAUAAUGUAUGAUUCAAUGGUGAUAUUGUAAGGAGAAAUUAGAUGCUAGUCACUCUCAAGGGUCAAGGGUUAAUAAACUGCUGUUUUUUCUUUUGACCUCUUGCAGAAAGGAUCAUUGGCUGAUGAACUUGUCACAGCUGACAAAGAAAAAAUCAUCAAUGCUCUUAGAGAUCAAGAGGAAGAAAACAGAAGGCUAAGAGGUUAUCUGGACGGAUUAUUGAUGAUGAUCAUGGAACAUAAUCCUGCCCUCCUUGAACUACGAUAAGGCUUCCUGGCACCUAGUUUAAAGCAUACGUAUCAUUUGUCAUUGUUAACAGAUACACAGUACCAUGCACAUUGUGGCAAAAUAGAUGUUGAAUUUUAUAUUUGUAUGACAAGGGUUGAAAGGUAAUAAUUAUGAACAAUUUUAUGAAAGACCUGACACCUUAGUGUUAGUCUAUUAUGAGUGUAUUUAUAUCCAGAGAGCAAAGUCUAUUUUUAUCUUUCUCAAGUCAUGUCUGACAGGCGUGGCUACACAAAGUGGCCAUGCAAUCUUAUGGACUUGGCCUUCUUUGCAUUCAAGAAAGAACCAGAAACUAGAAGCACUUUUUAUUUAUGUGGCUAACUUGUUUAUUUUGGUGGAAUAUCAUUCAGAGAAACAGAAUCCUGUAUUCCUGUUUUCUUGCAUAACAGCAAUGUAGAGCAUUUGCCUCAAAAAGAAUCACUCGCACACCUUGAAAAGGAGGGAAAGUGAUGUUUUGAAGACAAUUUUAAUUGAGGGAGACCCUGAAUAUAAAAGACUGCAUUUUUGAGUCAUUAUGGACAUCUGUGCCAUGUAAGACUGUACAAAUAUGCAAGGAAAGAAAAACUUUAAAGAGUGAUGACUGCUCACAAGUUUCCCAAAAUUGUGAGUGACUGAGUGAUUUGAUAGACCAUUUGCAAUCUUAAAUUUUAAAUCGCUUUUGUUUCCCCUAAGAGCGAAGGUGCCAGGAACAUUAAUCAUCCAAUGCACAUUGAUGUUUUUGAACGUAAUCCCUGCAUUUUUUGGUGUACUUUACACAUCAUAAAAUGGAAAAUUUUUUUUAAAUUUUGAAGAUUUAAAUUAUUUGAUACCUUUAGUGUAAAUAGCAACAAUUUCCUUUUAUAAAUUGUGAAUUCAGAUUGGAAAUUAGUGAAUUGUGCAACUUUUUAAGGUAUGUUGGAAUUAAUAAUCCAGAAAUGUCAGUUGUGAAAUUUCCCCUCUUGCAGAUGAACAAAACAGUAAGGACCACAAAUUUUUUUUCAUUAUUCAUUCUCUUUAAACCACUUGCAUUGUGGGAUUAUAGCUGACAAACUCUGAAGAUAGAAAUCCCUUGGCAUUCCAUGAUGCUGUCAGUCAUCGUUGACCAUUUAUGGAUUGAGUUCAAAGGUCAUGCAUAGUUGUGAUUGAUGGAUGUCACUCUAUGUAGUAAUAAUAUUUGACAACAAAAUUAACUAUUUAAAUGUGUUAUUAGAGUUUGAAUGGUAUUCACAAGCAUAGUAAGUUAGAUUACUUAACACCUCUUCUAAAGUGCCAUCAUGUUGUGCUCACUCUCUUAAGGUUUCUGGUCCAAGAACUUAUGUAAUACUAUUUAGUCUAAACAUAUUUUUUUGUAACUCAGACACUUUAAGGAGUGACGUUUUAAAUAGAUAAAUGACUUUAAUUCAUGCCAUGUCUUUUUGAAGCGGUUAAGUUCAACCUAUUAAUGGUAUAGGUAGUUGCAUUGGAAAUUAGAAUACCUCUAGACUAUCAUUGCAUCAAUAAUGUAUUUUUAAUAUGCAGACAUUGUAAAUAUUUUGCUAAUUGAUGAAUAUAGGAAUAGUGUCAUGUAAAGACAGUGAAAAUCCUGUACAAAUUAACUUUGGAAUGAAAUCAAAUGUCUUACCAUUUUGUAAAUCUCAUUUUUUCAUUAUUUUAGUUGGCGAGGUGGUUGCAAUAAUUUCUCAGGUCAAAAAGAUGGGUCAGCUGUUUGGAAUAUUAUAUAUUUCUGAAUAUAAUACUAAUUCAUGGGAUCAUUCUCUAAGAAUGCAAUGAAAAAGCGUUAUCC